AAAAACCAGAGGAUAAUAAAUUAUGUGGCUCUGUUACCUUACUCUUUGUUUCAAACAGAAUAUAUGAAAAGAAGCCAAGUUUGAGAGGUGCAAAUAAGCAUCAGCCAUGGCAGCAACUUCCUUCAACAUGGCUUCAACCAUAUUCUCCACGCUAGGACGGACACCUGUGAAACAAAGAUUCAGAAACAGAAUUGUUUCGUCGGUGUCAGGCCAACAAGAAGCUCAAGUAGAGGAAGAAAAAGUGGUGAAGCCAAUGACGAAACCGAGACCUGUUGAACCUCAAAUCAAUGUGGAGAGCAAGAACAUGGGGAGGGAGUAUGGAGGGCAGUGGCUCAGUAGUGUCACUCGCCACGUCCGGAUUUAUGCAGCAUACAUUGAUCCGGAAACAUGGGCAUUUGAUCAAACUCAAAUGGAUAAACUCACCUUGCUGCUAGAUCCAACUGAUGAGUUUGUGUGGACAGAAGACACUACUUACAAGGUUUACUCCAAGUUUCAAGAGCUUGUUGAUCACUAUGAGGGAGCGGAUUUGACAGAAUACACACUUCGUCUGAUCGGCUCCGAUGUAGAGCACUACAUACGAAAGCUGCUUUACGAUGGUGAAAUACAAUACAAUAUGAAUGCCAGGGUUCUCAACUUCAGCAUGGGCAAACCUCGAGUCGGGUUUAACUACAAGGGUGAUGAGCCUGUUUAAGAUGUAAAUUAUUGCAUCAUCUCACUUAAUACUUAACUCUGUAUAUACAAACCUUGUAAAAGCAAGAGAAGUCAACUUUUUUACUGA